GGGUGUCGUCCUAUUAGGGAGUUGUCUGAAUAGAUCCGAGUAGCAGGACCGGGACAGACCGGAGCAGAGAGGAACAUCAGAGAGUCACCGAGCCGCCGUCUGCCCGCGACUUUAAUCCAACGUUACUGAUAAAACACUUUAUUCAGGUUAAAACCCGGAAGUUAGCUCAGUUAGCUGCUAACGGCUAGUCAGCCUACCUGCUCAAAGGGAAGUGACGGUGCAGGUGAAGUCGGGCUCGAGCCGCAGGUUUGCUUUCAUCUCUGUACUCAGACAGCAGAAGAAGAUGAGUGGAGGACUGAACAGCAUCGAUGCUGUGAAGAAGAAGAUCAAAGUCCUGCAGGAGCAGGCGGAGGAGGCGGAGGAGAGGGCGGAGAAACUGCAGUCGGAGGUGGACAAGGAGAAGAGGAGCAGAGAGGAGGCGGAGGCGGAGGUGACGGCUCUGGGUCGUCGUCUGCAGCUCAGCGAGGAGAACCUGGACCGAGCCCAGGACCGCCUGACCACCGCCCUGCAGAAACUGGACGAGGUGGAGAAGUCUGCAGACGAGAGCGAAAGGGGGAUGAAGGUGAUAGAGAACAGGGCUCUGAAGGAUGAGGAGAAGAUGGAGCAACUUGAGGUUCACCUGAGAGAAGCCAAACUGAUCGCAGAGGAGGCGGACCGCAAGUAUGAGGAGGUGGCUCGUAAACUGACGAUGUUGGAGGGAGAUCUGGAACGAGCUGAAGAGAGAGCUGAGCACGCAGAGAGUAAGGUUCGAAGGUUGGAGGAGCAGUUGAGAAGUUUCGACCAAUCACUGAAGAGCCUGCAGGCAUCUGAGGACAAGUAUUCGUUGAAGGAGGACAUAUACGAAAAGGAGAUCAAACAGCUGAGCGGCAAACUGAAGGAGGCGGAAUCCAGAGCAGACACUACGGAGCGUAGCAAGGUUAGCCUGGAGAAAACCAUCGACAGCUUGCAAGACGCUUUGACUUCAGCCAGAAACGCCAACGCACAGCUGCAGGAGACUUUGCAUAACUACAUGGAGGAGCUAAACUCAUGCUGAACCCCCCCCCCCGACUGCUGUCAGAGUCUUUGUGGCCAAAACAUUCCUCCCCUUGCUCCAGUUGACCCCCCCCCCGCUCGGGGUGAACAUUACUGCUUCUUUAUUUCCUCUUUCUUAAUGAUUCCUGCUCCUCUGGAUUUGGAGUGUUUGAUUAACCCCUCCCCCCCUCUCCUCACCCACUAAUAGUGCCAUCCCCCUCCUCAGUAUUAAAUGGAGGAGGUGUGAGGAGGUGCAGGAUGUUUAACAGCGACUUACAGCCAUUCCCUCGUUCAUUAACGACUAACAAUGAGUGUUUGAACGGUUUGUCUCCUAGCCAAUCGUUUAUUAUUCCUGUUGCAGGGGGUGUGGUUUAUAGUGGCCAAUCAUAGCAAGGCAUUCCACUGCCACACAUGGCAGACCACAAGCCAAUCUCAGCCCAGAUACACCCCCCCAUUAACAACAAUGAACAAAUAAAGUUUAACAAAGUUUUUAUUCUAAAGCCACACAGUGAUGAUGUCAUAGCAUAUUGUAAUAAAUCUUGAGACAGAGCAGAUUUUAUAAAAUAAAAGCACCAUCACUGGUUUGUAGAUCCA